AUGGUGCGCCCCAGCCCACUCCUCCGCUUUGCCCAGGCUGCGAGGAGAACGCUAACGACUCCAAAAAAACAGUCAUACGGAUACAAUAAUGGCUACGGCGGUAGUGGUGGAGGGGGCUGGGGCCAAUCGAGUGGUGGAUACAACUCUGGAUGGAACCAAGGAGGUGGAGGAGGCGGAGGAGAUCGCAUGGGAAACCUCGGAGGAGGUCUCAAGUCGAUCGACUGGCGCUCUCAAACCCUCGAAAAGUUUGAGAAAAACUUCUACGCCGAGGAUAAGCGAGUCAGCGCGCGCUCAGAUAGUGAGAUUGAAGCGUUUAGACGUGCAAAGGAAAUCAAGGUUCAAGGCAGAGGCGUGCCGCGGCCGGUUACCAGGUUUGAUGAGGUCGGCUUUCCAAACUACUUGAUGUCCACCAUCGAACAGCAAGGCUUUGCUGAGCCCACGCCUAUCCAGUGCCAGGCGUGGCCGAUGGCAUUGAGCGGACGCGAUGUCGUCGCCAUCUCCCAAACCGGUUCCGGAAAGACCAUCUCUUUUGCGUUACCUGCUAUGCUUCACAUCAACGCACAACCUCUCCUCGCCCCGGGAGAUGGUCCGAUCGUCCUCAUCUUGGCACCCACCCGAGAGUUGGCUGUUCAAAUUCAGACCGAAUGCACCAAAUUUGGUGCCAACUCACGCAUCCGAAAUACUGCCAUCUACGGUGGCGCACCAAAAGGCCCUCAGAUUCGCGACCUCCAACGCGGUGUCGAGAUUGUGAUUGCCACUCCUGGUCGUCUCAUCGACAUGCUCGAACAGAACAAGACAAAUCUGCGCCGUGUCACCUACCUCGUUAUGGACGAAGCCGACCGCAUGUUGGACAUGGGUUUCGAGCCGCAAAUCCGAAAGAUUGUUGGACAAAUCCGCCCAGACCGUCAAACCUUGAUGUUUAGUGCAACGUGGCCAAAGGACGUCCAGAAACUCGCUUCUGAUUUCCUCAAAGAUUUCAUCCAAGUUAACAUUGGUUCCAUGGAGCUCACUGCAAACCAAAACAUCACGCAAACUGUCGAAGUGGUUACCGACUUUGAGAAGCGCAACAAGCUGCUCAAGCACCUCGAGCUCAUCUCCAACGAAAACGGCAAGGUACUCAUCUUUGUGGCGACGAAGCGUGUGGCGGACGACAUUACCAAGUAUCUCCGACAAGACGGUUGGCCAGCACUUGCUAUUCACGGUGACAAGGAGCAACGUGAACGUGAUUGGGUCCUCGCCGAGUUCAAAUCUGGUCGCAGCCCGAUUCUGAUUGCUACUGACGUUGCAUCUCGUGGUCUAGACGUCAAGGACGUCAGUUAUGUUAUCAAUUACGAUUUCCCGAAUAAUUGUGAAGAUUAUAUCCAUCGUAUUGGACGUACCGGCCGCGCAGGCAAGACUGGCACGGCGUUUACUUAUUUCACGGCCGAAAACUCGAAAGCUGCAGGCGAACUGGUCGCUAUCCUGCGCGAUGCAAAGCAACAUGUGCCUCCUCAGCUCGAAGAAAUGGUCCGUUAUAGUGGUGGUGGUGGCAAGAACCGGUACGGCGGGGGUGGCCGAGGAGGUGGAGGACGAGGACGGGGUGGAUACCAGUCGUAUGGGAGUGGUAGCAAUGGCUACGGACGAGGAGGAGGGGGAGGAUAUGACCGCUGGUAA